UUCUAAAUCGUUGACCUUUGAUGGCAAAGAUCCUCGUAGCACCCGCCCUUCCGCAGCCAGCAGGCCCCAUCUUAAUAACCUCUAUUUACAUCGAAUGAUUGUGAACACAUUCAAUUCAAGAUUGAACACAAUUGAAUUCAAGAAUAAACAGCAUUCCACUUGAUACCUUCAUAUUUCAGAAAACGUCACUCUCUCCGAGUGUGGUGGAAUUGUGGAGCGAGAAAGAAAGAUGGGAUCAGUUGCGAAGAAGGGAUUGCAGCAGUAUUUGGGGCAGCUCCAGCGACACCCUCUCAGAACCAAGAUGAUAACGGCGGGAGUGCUGUCGGCGGUCAGUGAUAUUGUAGCGCAGAAGCUUACUGGCAUUCAGAAACUUCAGCUGAAGCGACUUCUUCUUAAAGUGAUAUUCGGGUCAGCUUAUUUGGGUCCAUUAGGGCAUUACUUCCACAUAUUGCUGGAUAAAAUUUUCAAAGGGAACAAGGACUCCAAAACUGUGGCUAAGAAGGUAGUGCUGGAGCAACUUACAAUUUCACCUUGGAACAACCUGAUGUUUAUGAUUUACUAUGGCUUAGUUAUCGAGGGGAGAGCAUGGAUCCAUACGAAAUCUAAAAUCAAGAAGGAAUAUCCAACUGUCCAGUAUACAUCGUGGACAUUCUGGCCUGUGGUUGGAUGGGUAAAUCAUCAGUACGUGCCACUACAGUUCCGCGUUAUUCUCCAAAGCGUCGUUGCUUGUUUCUGGUAUAAUGCUCUCCUCAUCCUUGUCAAAAUAUUUGCUCCUGAGAUCCCAGAGCAUCAACGUGAUUCGAUUUUCGAUUUUUUCUUUUCCCUUAUUCUGAUUUACAGGGGAAUAUUUCUGAAUCUAAGAGCAAAGUCUCUGGCACUUGCUAAACCUUGAGGAGAGGAGGAAAUGUGCAGCAGCCUUGUUUGAUGUUGGAAAAUGUCAGCUUGUUUAAUACUAGUAUAUUAUAUAGUCAUCCAAAAUGUAUUGUCUGACCGUGAUGUUUUAGAAAUAUUUUUUAUUACUCCUAUAAUAUGAAAAUUGAAAUAUUCAACAUUUUCUUCAUCCAGAUCUACUGGUCAAACUUUUUCUUG